AUAUUAAACAUGUCAAUAUUUGGAAAACAACAUCACUAACAAAUACUUACUCACUGCUCUCGGAAGCGAAUUAGUAUUUGAAAUCAUCACAAAUAAUUCCCACCAAUUGAAAAAGCAAAAAUAAAUUCUCACUGCUCUUCCUUCCUCACCAUUUCCGUUGAGAACUCUCUGAAUCUCAAAAACACAUAUCCAUGGAGGAAGCACUGGUUUUCUACCCAUCACCACAUAUUGGUCAUCUAAUUUCCAUGGUGGAGCUCGGCAAGCUCAUCCUCAAUCAUCGUCCUUCAAUUUCCAUUCACAUCCUCAUCACCACCCCACCUUACAACCCAGGCGAUACAGCUCCAUACAUAGCCUCUGUCUCUUCCACAACUCCAAUCAUCUUCCACCGCCUGCCCACCAUCUCUCUCCCUCCUUCGUUUCUAAACUCUUCGACCCACCAUGAAAACCUCACCUUCGAAGUCCUCCGCCUUAACAAACCAGACGUCCUUCAAUCUCUCAUUUCCAUCUCCAAAAAUUUCGAUGUUAAAGGUUUCGUCAUGGAUUUGUUCUGCGGCAUAGCUUACGAUGUUCCUGUUCAGCUCAACAUCCCAGCUCUCUUCUUCUUCACUUCCGGUGCGGGUUGUCUCAUCGGUUUCCUUUGUUUACCGACCAUUCACCGCACCACCACCAAAAGUUUAAAAGACCUUCACACACCGCUUGAAUUUCCCGGACUACCCCCGAUUCCUGCCUCUGAUAUGGCAAAGCCGCUCCUCGACCGCGACGAUAAGGCUUAUCAUUGUUUUCUAGAAGGCUCAAUCAACCUUGCGAAAUCGGCCGGGAUUAUCAUAAACACGUUUGAAUUUCUAGAACCCAGACCGAUCAAAGCUGUAAGAGAUGGAUUAUGCGUGCCUGACGGUCCCACACCUCCGAUUUACUGCGUCGGACCUUUGAUCGUCGGUGGUGGUCGGGGUGGUGGUGAUUCUUGUUCCUCAGCCGUUGAUGAUGAUAGUGAUCAACGGCCGGAGUGUUUGAAAUGGCUAGACUCGCAACCCAAAGGGAAAGUGGUUUUUCUCUGCUUUGGAAGUUUGGGUAUGUUUUCGAUGGAACAGUUGAGAGAAAUAGCUCUGGGCUUGGAGAAUAGCGGGCAAAGAUUCUUGUGGGUGGUUCGGAAUCCACCUUCCCAGAAACAAAACCUGGCCAUUGCGGCCCAACCGGACGACCCACCUUUGGAAUCGUUGCUUCCGGAAGGGUUCUUGGGACGGACAAAAGACAGGGGACUGGUGGUGAAGAAAUGGGCCCCACAGGUGGCGGUUUUAAAUCAUGACUCGGUUGGUGGGUUCGUGACUCACUGUGGGUGGAACUCGGUGCUUGAAGCGGUUUGUGGUGGUGUGCCGAUGGUGGCUUGGCCGCUCUACGCGGAACAGAGGUUUAACAGGGUUUUGUUGGUGGAGGAGAUAAAGAUCGCUCUGUGGAUGACUGAGUCGGAAGACGGGUUUGUGAUUUCGGACGAGGUGGAGAAGCGAGUUAGAGAGUUGAUGGAAUCGGAAAAAGGUGAGUUGAUUAGAGAGAGAACGUUGGCAAUGAAACAGGAAGCCAAGGCUGCUCUGAGUCCAGGGGGGUCGAGUCAUGUUGCAUUAAAUCAACUCUUUGAGUCUUGGAAACGAAGCUGAAUCGGAUUGUCUCAUAAGAUAAUGAGAUGUUAAUAAAGCCAAUUUAUUUAGCACUGAAUUAAUUAAACGUGAAAUGGUCGCGUGGCCCCUCUGCUUUCGAUUUUCGCUUCAUGGGAUAUUUAAUAAUGGUUUUCCCAUCAUUUUAGGAUUACUUAUGUUAUUUGCAAAAUCAAUCAUUUCCAACCAAAAAUUUGAUUAUAACAACGUUAUGUCGGCAUUAGAAGUUAUAUAAA